AUGAACGCCCUCGUGUCUCUCCGACGGUGCCCUCUGUCCCACUCCCAUCGUCUUCCCGUGCUGGAUUUCCUCGCCCCGUCCACGCUCCGACGGACUGCCACCUGCCGGUCAUACCAUUCUACUACUCCGAAACGAUUCCUAUGGAACCAGAACUCGUCUGAACAGGCUACCCCCGAAUCGCCCAAACCGAAGUAUGUCCUCAGUCAGAAACAACGCGAAUUCCUCGACAGCGCGCUGCGAGUCAACCAAGCCGGCGAGCUAGCCGCGACACUGAUCUACACCGCGCAAACGCCCCAAGUAGUGCGCUCCCAUCCCCAUCUCCGACCCUUAAUGAAGCACAUGUACGACCAGGAGGCCGGGCACUUUACCACGUUCAACCAGAUGAUCGCAAAACACCGGGUGCGGCCGACGGCCAUGUAUCCGGUAUGGCAGGCGGCGGCGACGUUUCUGGGAUGGUCCACCGGUGCUUUGGGUCGGGAGGCGGCCAUGGCGUGCACGGAGGCUGUUGAGACGGAGAUCGGCUCGCAUUACAAUGAGCAGGUGCGGGAGAUUCUGUCGUGGCAGGCCGAGGCGGAGAGCCGCGGGGAAGAGCUGGAUGAUGAGCUGAAGGAGAUGGUGGAGACGUUCCGGAGGAUUCGAGAUGAGGAGCUGGAGCAUCUUGAUCAUGCGGUUGAGAAUGAUUCCAAGGAGGCGCAGCCGUAUGACCCGUUGGUGAAUGUCAUCCGGUUAGGGUGUCGGACUGCGAUCAAGAUCAGUGAGAAGAUCUGA